AUGGAUGAUAAUUGGAAAGCCUUCAACUUGAAAAUCGAGCAUGGAUUAGGACACAAAAGGACUCUUGAAUGGGAAAGGAUUGUAAAGCAUCGCAUAAGACAAAAUUCGCUAAAUUUAGCAAGUGAAAAUGAAAUUGAGCGGUAUUCCGAUAAGUACUUUAAAAGUCUUCUUUCAGAGGACAUGAUAAAGGAGAUAGUAAGUGUGGAACUGAUGCCACCCGAGAUCUCAAGGACAUUUGGAGAAAAGAAAGAGAAGAAUAUGGAGGACAUUGAAGGAAUUGAAAGCUCAGCUUCGGAGGAGUAUGAUGGGUCGGAUGAAACUGAGAAUAGUAAUGAUGUUGAAAACGACUAUGAAGAGAACUUCUAUGAAAAUGAAGAGGAUGAUGAGCUUACUGAAGAAAAAGAUGAAGAAGGAUUCUUCUGA